AUGCGCUUCACUAUUCUCUCAACCGCCACCAUGGCUCUCAUGACCUGCGCGUCCGCAGCCCCAAUCGCACCGCGCAGCUCAUCCAUCCUCCUCGACUGGACGAAAGACGCGGCCAUCAAGACCGUUAAUUCGCUAACGGGCCAACUUCCUGUGAAGACCGAUGUCUGGAAAGUCGAUGAGGACGCUGGGGUCGUCGGCGUGAACUUUGAUCUGGCGAUGAAGGACUUGGCGGAGACGGGUCUUGUUACGUUGGAGAAUCAUCAGAAUGCGAAGAUUCAUAUGGAGGUUACUAUUGAGGGGUUGGAUUAG